GUUUUCCGGCAACAUUUUUUCUCCGGCAAAUCAGCGCUCGCACGCGUUUUGUGCAACAAUUGUAAAUAAAGUGAAUUUGCUCAUAUUAUCCAUCCUAAAGUUGUGAAAAUGACCAGCAAAAAGUUAAAAGUUGAAGCCGACGAUGAUGAGGAACAUCGUAUGGAAGCGAAAAGUGGUAGCGAUGAUUCGAGCGACGAGGAAAACGACGAAGCAUACGAGGGCGAUGAAGGCAUUACAGUUGAUUUCGAAGGACGUAAUCCCAUCGAUCCAGAUUUGGAUGGCAUUAAGCAGCUUUUGGGACAGCUCUUUGUAAAAGCGCACAUCGAUCUGACCGAACUGGCUGGAGUUGUUGUGGCUCAAAACUAUGUCGGCAGUGUGCUGAAGCAAGCGUACAAUGAUGCUGACGACGAUGAGGAAGACGAAGACACUGAUAUGGGUGAUCCCUGCCAGGUGGUGUUCGGUGUAACAACGGUAAUCAAUCUAGCCAACAAGCAGGAGGUUGCCUCCGUUCGUCAGCUGAAGAAAAUGAUCUUCGAAAAGGCGGAAAAAUAUGCGACCGACCUGGUCAUACAGCAGUUCCGUGACGCGCUUGAAAGUGGUUCCAAAACGACGGGACUGUUGUUAAACGAACGUUUCAUCAACAUUCCGGCUGCAGUUUGUGUGCCGAUGUGCGAAAACCUUCUCUCGGAAAUGGAACGAGCACGCACGAAGGGUAUGCCAUUCACGUUCGACUACUACCUAAUGUUCGUCAAGUACUAUCAACAAGCGGCCGAUGGCGAUAAACCCGCCGAGGUACUGUACAGCAACGAUGAGGAAGAAUACUUCAUCAAGGAUUCGUGCGCAAGCUUCGACUAUUCCGUGCAGAAGGAAACAACAACUGCCCUCGCGGGUCAAUGGCAGAAAAAGGACGCCGAGCUGCAACCAUUCCGUAAAGUGCUUCUGAUCGAAGCGAGCAAAUUGCCAUCCAUCGUUUCGUCUAUCAAGAAUCUGGUAUCGUCGGUCACUAACAAGUAAUUCAGAGUGUUUUAUUUUCUUUUCCGCAAUGCGUAAGUGUGUCUAAUCUUGCUGUAUUUUUCCUGCUACAUGAUUAAAUAAACUAAAGUUCCUCGCUUAUGGGACGAUGGUAUCGUACCGGCGGAUCCGUA